AUGGGAGAUUUCCCUGGAAGCUCUUCAACGCCCAAGGUUUGUCGCUACUACGUUUCCGGUUCUUGCGCGCGAGGAUCUGAUUGUCGGUUGGUGAUUUUUUCAGAAUAGGCUUUUUUGGAAUUUUUGUCGUUUUUCAGCUACUCUCACGACAGAAGUCAACGAGACGAAACAGUCUGUCGGUUUUAUCUCAGUGGGAAGUUCGUUUUUUUUUCUUCACUGUUUUAGUUUUGAGAAAAUUAUCGAUUUCAGUUGCACUUUUGGAACGGCGUGUCGUUACACCCAUGUGAGACCGAAGCCUGAAAAAACGGGAGCCAGCAACACGCAGAAGAAAGCGGCGAAAGUUCAGCCACCGAAACCUCCAGUUCCGGCUCAAUUGGCUAAGCCCGGGCUGAACAUCGCCGCCGCCGAGUUUGUCCCAAGCUGGAAGAAAGUUUCGCGAGGUAGAGAAAAGGAGAACUCACAAGGAGAAGAUACGUGGCAGGAUCGAGCUAUGCGGCCGCCGCUGGAGCCGCUCCACGGACCGAAGAAGAGGAACAGGCGGCUCGACAACUGUGUCCCUACUUCGAGAUGAAAGGCGAGUGCAGCCGCCAGGACUGCAUUUUCGUCCACGGCGACCUCUGCGAGAUGUGUAGUCGAUACUCUCUUCAUCCUUUCAAUGAGAACCUUCGACACCAACAUUUCAAGGUAUGCAGUCUACAGAACAUCUUCUGCAGUUCCAAACUCUGUCAUCAUAUCUUUACGUUUUCAUUGAAAUCCAUAAUAAAAUGUUCAUGAAUACUCAUUUAGCAAACCAGAAAUUUUCUGAAAAUCUGCUCAAAAACUUUUUGUGUAGCGAAAAAAUACGAGGGCAAGACACGAACAUUUCGAGAAACCAAUAUAUAAAGUUGGUUCUCAGGGUUUUUCACCUUCUUUAAAAAAGAAAAACAAGGUUCAAUGUAUGUAAGGAAGUUCUUUUGAGGAGUGCCUGGCGUCGCACGAACUCGCGAUGAACGAAGCUUUCGCCACGGCCAAUUCUAUGGACAAAUCAUGCGGAAUCUGCAUGGAGAACAUUCUUGAAAAGGUUCUGAAAGCCCAUUCCAUAAAAAAAAAUUUUUUGUUUCAGAAUCUGAGGUUUGGAAUAUUGAAGGGUUGCAAGCAUUGUUUCUGUUUGAAUUGCAUUCGCGAGUGGCGGAGGAAGCACGAGUCUUUAGAGUUUGACAGCAAAGUCGUUAGGUUGGCAAAAAGCGAGAGAAGUUGAGAAUGGUUGGGUAUCAGAUCGUGUCCCGAGUGUAGACAACACAGCGACUAUGUCGUCCCCUCGGUGGUCUGGGUGGAGGACGAAGAGGAGAAAAAUGUCCUCAUCCAAAUGUACAUCGAAAACACCAAAACUAAAGUCUGCAAAUACUACGCGGUGAUUUUUGAAAGUGUGAUUUCCAGUGAACUUGAGUUUUCAGAACGGCUCGAUGAGCGAGGGAUGUCCCUUCGGAAACAAGUGUUUCUACAAGCACCAGAUGCCUGACGGGAGUAUCGACCCCGGCGAGGAUCCUCAUGUCCGUCGACGACCCAAGCUCUCUGAAUUUUUGGCGUACGUUUCAGAGAAGCAUAAAAAUUUGAAAAAAAAAAAAAAUUUACGAAUUUCGUCUAAACUUUACAAAAAUCAAAAAAGUUCUAGUUUAAAUACCAUUCAUCAGUCAUCUUUUAUUCUAUUCUUUUAACCUGAGUCACGUCGACCAAAAUCUUCCUUUCUCGCUAAUUUUUUCCAAUCUUCUCUUCUCAUACAACCAAUCGUAUCGAAACUCUCAGAGAAACCGUUCCGAUGUCUUAUACGAUUUUCGGUAGCUUAAGCGCCUUUGCACACUCCAGAGAAUAUUUUUUAGACGAGAUCCUCAUCAAUUUCCCUAUUUAAAUUUGAAUAAUUAUUAGCUCUUGGGAGGACGAAGACGAAGAAGAUUGGCUCGAGGGCAUGAUGUCGUCAAACGCAAUUUCCGAAGCGACUCUUCGUCGGUUUUUCGGCGUCUGACAUUUCCAAAAUUCUUUGGAAUUUGUGAAUAUAGUCUGUUUGUAUCUCCGUUUUGAUAAAAUGUUUGCUUGAAAGUCCUUUAUCCUUUUUUCUAGAUUUCUUUAACUUAUCUCUUUCAUGAUCCUUCUUCCAUUCCUUUUUUUUAAAUUUUUGCUGUCGAUAGAGUCGCCAGUCUUUUUUGUGUCGAGGGAGUUUUUUCACUAUCAUAUUUACUCACCCAGAUUCAUGUAACUUACUAGUCUUAUUGCACUAGCUGUGAUUGUGUCAGUCUUUAUUUAUUUCUUCAAUAAAGGCUUUUCGGGAAAGUCUUUUUUUUUUUCAAAUCGGUAAUUCCCAAUCGGUACUGAUUCAUUUUUUCCAAACAAAAUAAAGAAAAUGUGGGGAUUUUAUGAGAUUACUCGAUAAUUUUCCCGGAUUCAAAUCGCAAACGGCUUAAUUUUUUUUUUUCGAGGUCCUUUGACAUCUUGAGAAAUUUUCGUCCGAAGAACUUUAUUUUUAUAAACUUUUCGCAACUGGCUUUCAACGGAAAGUAAUUUUCAGCGUUUUGAAAGAAAUCUGUGAAUUGAAGAAAGAACAAAUGUACGAGUCAACAUUGGACGCAACUCGCCUGGCCGCCGCGGCGGUCGACGCAGUCCGAGAAACAACCGACGCCCCCCUAGAACAGUGCCACAAUGCCGUUCUCGCUGUUUUCCAUCUUCUCGAGCCACAUCUGAGGUAUUUGAAGCUCAAAGGAGGUUCUGAGCGUUACUUUACUAGUGGAGCACAGUUUACUGAAAUUCGGAAUGCGGCUGUCAAUUAUACAGUUAAUAUCAAAUCAUGCUACGACCGUCGUUCUCUUGAAGCAAUUUGCAGUCGACUUUUCGACAUUUUCGUAGAAAAGCAGGAGGUUUUUUCAUUCCGAUAGAACUUUCAUAGAAUUCUGGUGCAGCUCAGUUACUCGUCUAGUCAGGAUGAUGUUGAGCUCAUACGAGGACUCGAACUCUUCACUGACAUAACGGUGGGAAAAGGUCUUUUUAUAUCUUUAUCAACUUUUUAAGAAGAAGACAGAUGCGCGUAUUCCGUUGGAAAUCGUUUCCUCAAACGAUUUCGAAUGGGUCACUCAACUAGUCUCCGUCAUACAAAUGGUUCCUUUUUACAUUUUAUACGAAUAAUUUGCAGUGAAUACUUAGGACCAAAACUCGGCAGUACGACAGGUGGUGGUGGAUUGCCUGGCUGAACUGGUACGUUCGUGUCGGGACCCGAUCGUCAGGCUGCUCAUUGAAUCGAGGCUUUCUACCGCCUUGGUCUCCAUUCUGUCCAUUCCGCCUUCUCUCGAUGCCGAAUCCGCUCAGAAGAAGUUACAGUCGAGUUCGCUGAGUCUUCUAGCACUACUCUAUUCGACGGACGUUUUGCCGCCUCUUGACCACUUUUGUAUGUCACCUACCACUAUCAUCACAUCAUUCAUUUUUUAGCCUAUUUGAACGAUCAAUUUUUUGCUAAGCUCGUCCGCUCCCUCGACUAUUACGACGGUGUCGACGUUCUGGAAUUGAUUGUCAACGUGACGUGGCUUCUCCUUAAUUCCGAUCUCUCUGCUGAGUCAUUUUUUGCAUCUCUCACUGCGGAUCCCUCUGCUCUAACUGCACUUUGCCUUGUCCUCAUUCAAGAAAUAAACCAAAACUGUACAGGUUGGACCAGAAAAAUCUCUCAUCAUAUUUAUGCGUUUAGAACGGCGGAUAAGAUUCUUGUUGUGCGUCUUUGCCUUGGGAGAAGAUGUUGUGGCGAAAAUCUUCUAUAGAAACGACCUAGUCGCGUUGGCUGGUAUACUAGCUCGAGAAAUGAUGGACAGAACUGAUAAUAAAGUUCAAUUCUUUCUUAAUUUUUGAUUUAUUCGGUAGACUUCAGAUUAAAGAAGGAUGUCGAAGUGCCAUAGAGUUCCUGAUCGAAUGCAAAGUCGUUGACAAAGAUGAUCUCAAGAUCUCCGAGGCACUACGCGACUACGAAAUGUGA